GGGUCUUCAGGCCCGGGUGCCGCCAAAAUUCAAGUGUCGUCGGCUGUAAACACUGGGCUCUAAGUCGUCUGUCACAAGUUUGACUUUAAGUUUCGUCGCUUUUACAAGACUUGCCUCCGGACGUCUCGGAGAGAAAGCAGAAAGAUGCACAUCAAGUCUAUUAUCAUUGAAGGGUUUAAAUCAUACGCACAGAGGACGGAAAUCAAUGGCUUCGACCCGCUGUUUAAUGCCAUCACCGGACUGAACGGCAGCGGAAAGUCCAAUAUUCUGGACUCAAUAUGUUUCCUUUUGGGUAUUUCUAACCUAACACAUGUGCGAGCCUCCAACCUUCAGGAUUUGGUGUAUAAAAAUGGACAGGGGGGUAUCACCAAGGCCACAGUGUCCAUCACUUUUGACAAUUCAAACAAAAGCCAGAGUCCUCUGGGCUUUGAAACCCACGACGAGAUCACUGUCACCAGACAAGUGGUGAUAGGUGGCAGGAACAAGUACCUAAUCAAUGGAGUCAAUGCCACCAACACCAGGGUGCAGGACUUGUUCUGCUCUGUUGGACUGAAUGUCAACAAUCCACAUUUCCUCAUCAUGCAGGGACGAAUCACCAAAGUUCUAAAUAUGAAACCACCAGAGAUUCUUGCCAUGAUUGAGGAAGCAGCGGGCACCAGGAUGUACGAAUGCAAGAAGAUCAGUGCCCAGAAGACUAUAGAAAAGAAGGAGGCAAAGCUGAAGGAGAUUCAGACUAUUCUGAAUGAAGAAAUUACUCCAACUAUGCAAAAGCUGCAAGAGGAACGGUCCUCAUAUUUGGAGUACCAGAAGCUGAUGCGUGAGAUCCAGCACUUGUCAAGGCUUUACGUGGCCUGGCUGUUCGUUUGUGCGGAGGAGACCAAGCUGAAGUCAGCCGAGAACCUGAAGGUGAUGCAGGAUAACAUCGCCAAGAUGCAGGCCAGCAUGGCUGAGAACGAGAGCAAAAUACAGGAGCUCUCAGCCCAGAUUCAGGAGCUGGAGAAGAAAAGAGACCAGGAAGUGAACGGAGUAUUAAAAUCCUUGGAGGACGCUCUAGCUGAAGUGCAGCGUGUGGAUGCCAAAGCUCAGAGUGCCCUGGACUUAAAGAAACAGAAUCUCAAAGAUGAAACUAAGAAGAGAAAGGAGCUUGUGAAGACAAUGGAGGAGGAUAAGAAAAUGCUUGUGGUGAAGGAGAAAGAGGUUUCUAAGCUGGAAGAGCAGCUUCAGGCUGUUCAGGAGGAAGGACAGAAGGACAAUGCCGCGUUUGAAGCGGCCGAGCAGCACUUCAAAGCCGUGUCUGCUGGUCUUUCCACCAACGAGGACGGCGAGGAGGCCACGCUCGCCGGGCAGAUGAUGGCCUGUAAGAAUGACAUGAGCAAGGCAGACACCGAGGCCAAGCAGGCUCAAAUGACUCUAAAACACGCUCAGGCUGAGUUGAAGUCCAAACAGGCCGAGGUGAAAAAGAUGGACAGUGGAUACAAAAAAGACCAGGAUGCCUUGCAGGUCAUCAGAAACAACAGAGAGAAGCUGCAGGCUGAGCUGGCUAAACUUAACUAUGAAGAUGGAAAAGAAGAAAGUCUGCUUGAAAAAAGGAGGCAGCUCUCCCGGGAGGUCGAUCAACUCAAGGAGACCUAUGAGCGUCUCAUGUCACGUUUCCCCAACCUACGCUUUGACUACAAGGAUCCUGAACGAGGGUGGGACCGCAGCAAAGUGAAAGGGCUGCUUGCUAACUUGAUCACAGUCAGCGACGUGACUUACUCCACAGCUCUGGAGGUCGUUGCCGGCGGACGGCUCUACAACAUCGUUGUUGACACAGAGGUGACUGGUAAAAAGCUGCUGGAGAAGGGCGAGUUGCAGCGACGGUACACCAUCAUUCCUCUGAACAAGAUCUCUGCCAGGACGCUUAACGACAAAGUUGUCAAAACUGCCAAGAAUUUGGUUGGAGAGAACAAUGCUCACACAGCUCUGUCUCUCGUCGGCUACGAGUCAGACCUGCGAAAAGCCAUGGAGUACGUGUUCGGCUCCACUCUGGUCUGUGACACCCUGGACAAUGCCAAAAAAGUGGCUUUUGAUAAGCAGGUGAUGACCAAGACGGUCACUCUUGGGGGGGACAUCUUCGACCCGCAGGGAACUCUGAGCGGAGGUGCCCGCUCCCAGUCUGCGUCGGUUCUGUCCAGCCUGCAGGAGGUGAAGGACGUCCAGGACAAUCUGAAUGAUAAGGAGGCUCAGCUGAAAGACAUAGAAAAACAACUAGCCAGCCUUAAGGGAACCGCUGAGAAGUACCGCCAGCUGAAGCAGCAGUACGAGCUGAAGGCGGAGGAGGAGCAGAUCCUGCAGGCCAAAGUGCAGCAGAGCUCCUUCCAUCAGCAGCAGGAGGAGCUGGAGAGUCUGCGCAAGGCAAUUG